AAAAAGAGACGGUCGGUAGGGAGGAUGUGUGUGCGGUGAUCGGUGCAGUCAGAGCCGGAUACUGCUUUUACAGCCGCACCGGACCGCCGCGGAGCCUGCCUCUCUCCUCUCCUCCCCCGUUCCCUUCCGAGCGACCCUCCGCGAUGUCCGGCGGGGGAGAGGUGCGCGUCCUCCGCCAAGAGGCCGGGCAAGAGAGUCCGAGGAUGCCGGCCUGGAAGCGAGAAAUCCUGGAGAGGAGGAAAGCGAAGGGCGGCGGGUCUGGGGGAGCCGGAGCCCCGGAGACGAGCCCGGGCGCUGCGGGCCCACAGCGGGUAAACGGCGACGUAGCGGGGAACGUGAACGGCAGCGGCGGCGCUGGAGGUGGAGGAGGAGGUGCUAGCGGACCCAAAAGAGACAGCGGAGCGGCCGGCGGUGGGUCUGGGCGGAACUACACCAUCACCUCGGCCAGCCAACACUUCGCCAACAACAAAGAGCCGCGACCGACGGCUGCCGAGAGGACGACACCGAGGGACGAGGACCGACACGAGAGCCUGGUGCUGCAGGAGAGCCUGGGGCCGCUGGAGGAGAACCCGUUCAUCAAGCUGGAGAAGGAGCGGAGGAGGCAGCAGGACCGAGACAACGCCACCCGGCCGGUGCAGCACAUCCUGGAGCUGUACGGCAGCGUCCCCGGCAUACGGACUAUCCGAGCGGAGAACAUCAUCAUCAUCGAGUCGGACCCGGACUACUUCGCGGAGGCAGGAGGCGCUAAGAGCGGCUCCAAGUGGCAGCAAAACGGCGUGAGUAGUUACAGCUCUCUGAACGACCUUCUGGACCGGAGAGGGAGUGCUGUUACCGAGAUAAGAGCCAAGGAAGUGGUCAUUUACGACACCACGUUGAGCAAGAGUGAGGAGAACCUGAGCACCCUGGGCCGUCCGGACCACGAGGCCGCAUAUGAGUCAGGUGAGGGUCAGGGCCGGGUCAGCCGCAUCCUGCAGAAGUUUGACAGCAACUACGGGAAGCUGCAGAAGAAGUCCCACAGCACAGAGAACCUGCUGGACCUGGACUGCAGUGCCAGCAGCAGGCCAAGACUCUGGCCCAAGCCACAGCCAGAACUGGUGCCAAAGCCCAGGCCGGGCCCCUCGGUCAGCAGCCCGGGCAGCAGCCAGCCGUCCUCGCCCGUCUUCCAGAGCCCCUGGUCUUCCAAACCAAAGCCACAGCCUGCCGCCUCCGAGCAGGGCAGCCCUCAGCGCCCCGCUGGGCCCCCACAGUCUGUGUCUUCCUUCCGCCAGCGGUUCGAGGAAACUGGGGUCCACCAAGGUGCUGCCCCCAGAGAUGAGCCGGACCGGGGCCCAAGCAAGCCCACCAGGGAGAGAGACUGGGAGGCCGCCGAGGUGCCCCCCAAACCCAAGGUGCCAUGCUCUCCGGAGACCCGUCGUGCCCGUGCCGAGACCCCUUCGAGUCCCAUCUCGUCCAAGGUGUCCCGUUCCUCACCCGAGUUCGAGAUCCGUCCUUCCCCAACGCCGGACCUGGACCGGAUCCCAGAUGGGGACACCCAGGCUCGGGCCCUCGCAAACCUGCGCCUGCAGUCCAAGAACUCCUUCACGGUGAUCCCCAAGCGUCGCCUCGCCGCCUCGUCUGCAACGAGCAGCCCAGUACCGUCCGGCCCGGUCAAGUCUUCCCCCUCCCACAGAGCGGUGGAGGUUUCCACGCCGGGAGUGCCAACCUCCCACAGCCCCGUACUCAGCCCUCAGAAGAGGAAAGAGGAGGUGGAGAGGGUAGCGAGGCCAUCCAAGCCUGAACCUACUGUUGCCACAAGUCCUCCUGAACCUUUGUCUCCAUCCAGAGCUCCCUUCUCUCCACCUGCCCUGGCCUCACCCCCAUCUUCUCCAGCUCUCCCAUCCUCACCCCUCAUCUCCCCCGUCUCAUCUCCUGCCCAUUCCACCCCCUCCCCAGCUCCGAAGCAACCUCCUGCAGAUCAGCUGCCGGUAACCAACAUAGACGACAUCGAGGUGGAGCCCCCUCAGCGAGUCCCCGUCCCCAGCCCCAUGGUGCAGCGGAGGAAGGGGAACACCUUCACCGUGGUGCCUAAACGUAAGGUGGAGUCCGACGCCCAGCCGAGCUCACCAGAACCCCAGCAGGAAGCUCCGGGCGAGGCCACGCCGACUUCAACGCCGGCUUCCACGCCUCCCCAGGCCCCCUACGCUCAACUGGGCACCCUGCUGAAGAAACGCUACCCUGCUGUGGAGGAGAUCGAGGUGAUCGGCGGGUACCUCUCCCUGGAGAAGUCCUGCCUCUCCAAGACGGGCUCCACGGGGAAGAAGCUCAAGAUCUCCUUCAACGAGUCGAGUCUGCACAGCACGUACGAGUAUCCGUCGGAGAGCAGCGUGUGGGACAGCGGCGACGAGGACGACGACGACAAGCAAGACGGGAAGCUGUCGGACGAACAGCCGAGCAUGGUGGGACGAAUCCACAUCCCCCGGCCCAGCUUCACUGGCUCGCCGACCCACGGCAACAACGGCAACGAUCUUUCCAGCUACAUUCCCAAGCACUCGGUGGACUUCAGCGCCUGGCAGGAACACAAACACGACGACGGCGUUUACCAGGACGACACCAGCAGCUCCCAGCAGACGCAGAUGACGGAGGACGUCAUGCUCACGCCGGCCGACAGCUCCUCUCUGUCCGACUACAGCAGCGAACCGGCGCUCUACUUCUGAUCGCCGCCACCCGUCAGCUGUACAGUAGCAUCCCACCGGCGGGACCGGACCGGCCGCCCGGGACCCGAGCUGCCUCCACCUCCACACUCCAGCCGACCUAGAAGCACAUCUUCCUGAUCCGACAAAAAAAACGAAGGAAAACUUGUUUUUUUUUUUUGCUCGUUCGUUUCGUUCUCGGCUGAUUUCCUGCCACGGUACCACGACUCGCCACGUUCGUCCAACCUGCAUAUCAAAGAGCGGAGGAGCUUCUGGACGGCCGCUCAUCCACCCCUCGAGCUGAAGAAAAGCAGCUGGACUGUCUUUCCGAAACGCCCUCCGAUUCCUCGACAGUUGAUCUGUCUCCCGAGACGUCUUUCCUGCUUCCUUCGCGGAUUCGUUUCAGGUUUUUCAGGAAGCCGCCGGUGUGGAGUUCAGCGUUGGCAUGGAAACAUGUUAUUAGGACCAGGAAGUAGAUCGACGACAAAACACAAAAACCAACAAACAAACAAAAAAACGGUGAAAGGGUGCCACAUUGUAGAUUUAUUUCCUCUUUUUUGUUGUUGUUUUUGUACCUGCAUGUUUUGAUUUCGGCCUCCGUUGGUUUCCUCUUUUACUGUAAAGCUUCUGUAUGCCUUUUUAGUUUUUGUACGAUUUUUUUUCUGGCGAACUAUGCUGUAUCGAAGCUGCUGGACUUUUUUUGUUUUUUUUUUUCUUUGGUAGAAGAAGUGUUUAACGGCAAGCAAACUUCAACAACAUAUGCACCCGGGUGGGAGGAUCUCCGUCAAUCAGUAGCAGCUCUUUUUAAUAAAUGCUUGAAAAAAGUGACCUUGGCCAAUAACGUCUGUACGUCCACGUGGCUGGUGAGGAAUCAUCACACUGUAGAAUGUUUCUGUAUAUCCUCUAAUCGACCUUUUUCUCUGGCUUCUCGUGUAUUUAUUCCUGCUUAAAGUUGAAGUUUGCAUGUCUGAAACCUGCUCAUGUACAAAACAAAACAAAAAAUAUUUCCAGAUAUUUUGCCGGUGUGGAAGGAAUCAAUUUUUUUUUUUUUGUUCGUUGUUGUUUUUCCAGUCGGACCUCAUGUACUUUGACAUUCCACGGAGAAGGAACUCGGUCCAUUGAAGGCAAAAAUGAUCACGUGUUUGUGAGAACGAAUGCAAGAUGUGUGUGUUUGGGAGACUUGAUGUAAUUUCUUUUAUUAUUAAGGGUUUUUUUUAUAUAUAUAUGCAAGAAUGCACCACAUUUCCAGAUUUUUUUUUUAUUUUUUUUUUACUCAUAAUGCCAACUGAUUAAAGUGUUGCUGUAAAGGCCUCACAUAUUCCUUCUUUACACACAGGAUCGACCUUUUCUCGGCCAGUAUUGUUGUACAGUUUCUCAUAUUUUCGUAAGAUUUAUCGUCUUUCUUUUUAAACUUCUCCGAUCAGAUGAAACUUUGCUCAGAGGUUGUUGUUUUGUUUUUUUCGCUGUUAGGAGAUCUUCGUCUUUGUCCGAUGAAUUUAGGAAUUAUUUGUAUCGUCAGUCAGUCGGGAGUCUUUGGAUGUUAAAUGUCUUUGCACUGUCAUGCUUUUAGCUUUGUUUUGCACCUCGCGAGGAACAACGGGCGACAGAGGAAACGUGCACUUAGAAGAACAAGGAAGCCUGGUUGAAGAGUUUCGUCUCAAUUUAUCGCCUCUUAUCGUAAAACCACUAAGUUUGUAGACGAGGAAGGAUUUCCACCCCUCGAGUUUCGAACCAGUUUUCUAGACUAACGUUUUGAAAUGGAACUCUUCAGCUGCACACGACGAAUGCACUGCCGAUGAAUGCCAUGUCCACUUUUGUUGUUUUGUUUUUUUUUUUACUAUUUUUGCCACAGCCUUGCGUUAAAAGUCUUAUGAUUGUUGGCCUUGUCACUGUGACCAAAAUACAGCAGCCCAAGUGCAGUUUGUCCACACAGGUCGAGGGCUUUAACCUCUACAAGAGAAAAAUCCCAACUUUUCAAUUUUGAUAUUGUCCCUGUGACCUGAUUUGUCACUUUUUGAUGCAUAGCGGUUUUAAAGAACUGGACAUUGUUGCAUGUUUUAGCUCAUUUACUGCACAUACUUCACAUUAUUGCUGAGUAUUUGUAAACUGUGCUUCUGUUCUAGAAGUUUGAAUGUAUUUUUUAAAGCCACUGCAGACGUCCACUUAUUUCAGAGACUGUAUGAUCAUCCAAUAGAAUCAAUUAAGAGCCUCCUGAAAGACUCUUCAUGCUUAAACUUGCAUCGAAUUUAAACUUUUUUGGCUAAAAAUUUCAUCUAAAACUGGUGAAAAAUGUCAAUUUGCAUCAUAAUUAGUCAAACAAAUGAAUGAAAAAAUGGAGUUUAAAAGUCAAAUCCUCCAUUUUUCUUAUCCAAGGCAGUUUUUUUUCUAUCCAGCAUCCUUUGGUUUUGCUGAAUGAGGCUUGUAAUCAGACAAGAUUACAAAUCUGAUCAAGCACUAUGAAGGCAAUCCCAGUAAGUAUUAAAAGUUCGACAUGGAAGCUUUUCAGGUUCAUCUAAACUAGGUUACAUUAUCGCACACUUGCUGCUUUCUACAUUAUCAUAAAGUGAGGAAAUGAAUGAAAACCAGUGGCAGCUUGAAACAGAAGGAAAACAUGCAUCUGAAAACAGCACAAAUGUGAAGUAUGCAUGAUUAAGGAGCUGAGACAUUUCUCGAUGUUCUUUACGUUUCUAAACCAAUCCCUGCUCAGACCUGCUGUGGAGUCGUGGCUAACGGUCACAUGACUCGCCUCCAUCUGUGGUAACCGCCGCCUUCGUUGACCAAAACUUCCCCGAAAGACGCCUCCGGCUCUUUGCGGGAACCUUUUUUUUUUCUCGCUCUCUAGUCUUUCUGAGAACCGAAGGACCAAAGAGGCAGAAUGAACUGUGGGAAACUUCACUGAUCGUCUUAAAUGACCACCAGCAUUUCUGAAGGCCAUUACCGUGGACGCUGGGACGUUCCGGAUGCUUCCGGAGCGUCUCUCGCCGCCAGUGUUUUUCCCAUCUGUCCACUCCUGUUUGCAAAGUGAGCAGUUUGUGUGUCGGCUCUGUGGUAGAAGCUCCUUCAUCCUUUACUUUCUCCCUCCUCUGUAAAUCUACAUCGCAGCAGAUGUGCUUACUGUAAAGUUAUUGUCAAUGAUUUUUGGGCAAGUUAAAAAAAGAGAAAAAAAAAAAGUGAUGUCAUACUUGUACAAAUGAAGCUCAAUAAAUAGAAGACUUGAACAAA